CCAGUUUACCAUAGAGCCGUUCGAAUCUUCGCCCUCAGUUUCUCCGUCACUUCCCCACGCUUUCCUUCCCCAUACUAUAUUCUCUCUCGACUUACCCGGAAGCUUCUGGAAUCUCUCUCCUUUACUAACAACUCAACCCCUCUUAUCUUACAUUAGCGACGAAGUAAAGCUAAUCCUAGUAAUUUGAUCACCCCCACUCGCAUUAUACUGUCCCCUCGCGUUGCUCAUCAGCCUGACAAUCAUCCUAGUUCUCUUUUCUUGUCCCUUUGCAUUGUUCACUCUCAUUUGACAUUUCCUCUUAGUUUCUUUCGGAUUCUUACUUUCUCCCGAUUACUCCAAUGGAAAGAGGUGGAUACGGUUAUGGUGGCGCCGGUGGCUACAGGGGAGCUCCGAGAGGCCGGCAUGGUGGCAGAUCAGGAGGAGGACCACCGCAAGGCCGUGGUGGAAGAGGCUUCCAUCACCAACCACAGUCUCAGACUGAUCGUUCCUGGGGCGAGGACACUAGGAGAGGCGGUUAUGGUAGGGGAGGAUCUGAUAGAGGUGGAUUCAGAGGACGAAGAGGUAGAGGUACUGGCAGAGAUGGUGCUGGACCUCCAGUUUGGGUAGCCACUGAAUCGGUUCAAUCUCGCAGUUCUGCUCCUGAUCCAGUUUCAGAAUUGGAACGGCUGCAAAUUUCACAGCCGGUUCCAAGCUCGUCUCAUUCCCAGGAGAGGAAGGAUAAGAUUUCACCCGUUCAUAGGCCUGACCAGGGUGGUACAUUAGCAAUUCGAACUAGCAAGCUUCGUGUCAAUCACUUUCCCGUCAGGUUCAGGCCUGAUACUAUACUGAUGCAUUACAAUGUUGAUGUGAAGCCCAUUUCGCCGGCCAGACCAGGUCGACCUCAAAGAAUAUCGAAGUCUGACCUCUCUAUGAUUAGGGAGACAUUGUUUUCUGGUGACACUAGGCUGCCGUUGGAGCAGACAGUGUAUGAUGGAGAAAAGAAUAUUCUUAGUGCGGUUCCUUUGCCAGAAGAAACCUUCACGGUUACUAUCUCAGCAGGAGAGGAUGAAAAAAGCUAUUCUUAUAAGGUCACCUUGACACUUGUUAAUAAGCUUGAGUAUCGCAAGUUGAACCAAUACCUCAAUAAGGAACUUAUGUCAGUUCCCAGAGACAUUUUGCAGGGGAUGGAUAUAGUGUUCAAGGAAAACCCAACCAAGCGUACAAUCCCUGUGGGACGUAGUUUCUAUCCUUCAAAUCCUCCUAUGUUACAUAAGGAUCUCCGCCAUGGCAUAAUUGCGCUGGGAGGAUUUCAACACAGUUUGAAGCCUACAUCUCAGGGUUUGUCCAUAUGUCUGGACUACUCUGUCUUAUCUUUUCGGGAGCGAAUGUCGGUCUUGGAUUUUCUAUAUGAGCGUAUUAAUGGUUUUAGAUUGGAGGAAUUUGGACGUUUCAGGAAUCGUGUUCAGAUGGAAUUGACUGGGUUGAAGGUAAAUGUGAUACACCGGCGGACCAGACAGAAAUAUACCAUUUUAGGGCUAACAAACCGUAACACAAGGCAUAUUACCUUUACUCUUAAGGAUCCAGAGGGCCGGAAUGAGCCGCAGCAAGUCACAAUUCUGGACUAUUUCUGGGAUAAAUACAAUAAGGAUGUUGAAUACAAAGAUAUUCCUUGUUUGGAUUUUGGGAAAGGAGUUAAUGUGCCGAUGGAGUUUUGCAUCUUGGUUGAGGGUCAGAGAUACCCCAAAGAGAAUUUGGACAGAAAUGCUUCUAGGGAGUUGAAAGAUAUGUCAUUGGCCUCUCCAAAGGAUAGACGGAGUGUCAUACAAUCGAUGGUAGAGUCAAGUGACGGACCUUGCGGUGGUGGUAUUAUUCAAAAUUUUGGAAUGGAAGUCAAUACAACCAUGACUACCGUCUUAGGACGCAUUAUUGAGCCCCCAAAAUUGAGAGUAGGCGGUCGAAGUGGCCAGAUUAUGACUGUGACGUUGGAUCCGGAGAGAUGUCAGUGGAAUUUGGUUGGCAAAUCUGUGAUACAGGGCAAGCCAGUUGAGCGUUGGGGCAUUAUUGAUUUUACAAGAUCAGAGUCAGAUUCCCGGUUCAAAUUAAGGUGCAACGAUUUCGUUCCUAAGCUUAAAGGCAAAUUCAGAAGUCUGGGCAUUAGCAUGAAUGAUCCUCUUUGGGUUGAAGGAUGUUCAAUGAAUCAACUUGCAAAUCAUGGUUCACUAUCUGCAUUACUUAAGAGAGUGAACGAUCGGGGUCAAGUGCAGUUUAUUUUGUGUGCGAUGUCUCAGAAACAUUAUGGGUACAAGACUCUCAAGUGGAUUUCAGAGACCAUGAUUGGUGUGGUGACACAAUGUUGUUUGGCUGGUACUGUGAAUGCGGGGAAAGAUCAAAAUCUUACAAAUCUUGCUCUCAAGAUCAAUGCCAAACUCGGAGGCAGUAAUGUUGAGCUUGAGAAUAGCCUCCCUUGCUUUCCAAGUAACAAUGGGCAUGUUAUGUUUAUAGGGGCGGAUGUCAAUCAUCCUGCCGCUCGAGACGUUAAUAGUCUAUCGAUUGCUGCGGUGGUUGGAACUAUCAAUUGGCCUGCCGCAAAUCGUUAUGUGGCCCGUGUUAGUCCUCAAUCACAUCGAAAAGAACAAAUAUGCAAUUUUGGAACAAUUUGCCUCGAACUUGUCAAUUGUUACAGAAGGUUGAACAAAGUGAGACCGGAAAAAAUUGUUAUUUUCCGCGAUGGGGUGAGUGAGGGUCAGUUUGACAUGGUUCUUAACGAAGAGCUACGGGAUUUGAAGAGUGUUUUCCAAAAGGAAAAGUAUAUUCCAACUAUAACUUUGAUUGUAGCGGCAAAGCGACAUCAGACUCGAUUGUUUCAGGAGGAUCCUUUCGCUGGAAAUGUGUCUCCUGGAACAGUGGUGGACACAAAAGUUGUGCAUCCUUUUGAGUUUGACUUCUACCUUUGCAGUCACUAUGGAAGCUUGGGGACCAGCAAGCCCACUCACUAUCAUGUCUUGUGGGAUGAGCAUCGGUUUACAUCUGAUGACUUGCAGAAGCUCAUAUAUGAUAUGUGUUUUACAUUUGUAAGGUGCACCAAACCUGUAUCUUUGGUCCCUCCUGUGUACUAUGCUGACCUUGUUGCUUAUCGAGGACGGCUAUACUAUGAAGCAAAGACUGAGUUGGAGAACUCGAAGCCAGGAUCGCUUCCUUCUACGUCUGCAAGUGAAUGCAACUUUUCCAAGCUGCAUGAGCAUCUCGAAGACAUGAUGUUCUUUGUCUAAGGGGGAAGACAUGAUGUUCUUUUUCCAAGGGGCCUCUAAUCAAUUAUUUCACUACUCAUGGUUGGGUCUCAUGGUACUUGCUGGUUGCAGCGCUGAUUUGAGUUUGUGCGUGAAUCUAAUGGGUUCUGCUCUUUCUUUUUAGUUGUGCUUUCUUUGUUUCGUUUUCCAUGAAAUAUAUGUACACAAAAACCAGAGUUUAAUGUAUUUGCAUGCUAUUCAUAAUUUUAUGUUUUUGUGACUAAUAUGGUUUUUAA